CGGAUGAUUGGCUGGCCAACGAACAACAGUCAAGUGAAGUGCACUGAGCCAAGAAGAUGUCACAAAGAUUGAAUUUAUCAUUUGUUCUCCUGCUUUGCCUUUUGGCAUUUGGGAAAGCUGCGUUGCAAAUCUACCAUCCUUUAAUGACCCUGCAUCACCAACCAUCACUGGCCCAGGUGGGUCAUCUGGUGGACCAUGUGCCCACCGCGGUUUCCCACCAAAGCUCCACCAUCGUGCAUCGAAGUAUUCCAAGGGUUACACCACUGCUGACUCCGGCCUUGAGGACCACCUAUUUGCACUAUCCCACCUGGAAUUAUCCCCUCUUCGAUGGAGCCAACACUCUGUACAGAAAGUAAUCCUCUGAGCAGCAUGAAUCCUUAAAUUUGUUUCAAUUCAAAUGAUUGGCCUACCAAACUUUCGAUUUAAACAAUAAAAUAAAACAAAUUCAA